UCAUCAUCAUCUCCCAGCAUCUCGUCGCUCGUCAUCAUCCUCCCUCACACACACACACACAUACAUACACAAGACCACCAUCGCCCCAACUACACAAGCAUCCAUGCUCAACAUCUAAUUACCCUAUCCUUCACAGCCAUCUCCCGCGCUGCCCACUCCCACGACUCUCCACAGUGGGGAGUGGCCUCACAGCACUAGCUGUCCACUCCCCCCCGUCAUGUCGCAGGGGUCGAGCGGCGCGGGCAAGAGCCUCUGCGCACGCUCCAAAUCGCCUUCCCGCUCCCCCUCGCCCUCUGCAUCCCCUCGCCGCUCACCCCUAAAGCCCAAAUCGUCCGCCAUCAACAUCCCUCGCCAGGCCCCUGCUCCCACCCACGACGUCCCCACAUCGCGCAGCCUCAGCAGCCUCACCCAGAGUCUGGGCCGUGCCACGCUCACCUCCCACCGUCGCGCCGCCAUUGACGAGUGGAUGCGCGGCCUCGCACCAUCUCCUCCGACCGAGCGGGCCGAUACGCCUGCGUCGGUGGUCUCGAGCGUUGUCACGAGUAGUAGUGACUCUGUCCCCUCCCCUUCAAUACGAUCCAGGGCCCGCACCAUCUCCACAACCACUUCGAGGUCGGCUACCCAUGCUGUCCCGGCCCAUGCCCAUCCCAACCCCCCAUCGCAUCUCUCUCAACCCUCCCCCGCCCCACCACUCCCGGCCGGAAACGUCUCGGCGCGCGCCGCCCACUUCAAUGCCCUCGCACGCGCUGCGACAGUGUCCUCACCGUCGCCCAUGAAGGCCAAGGGCCGAAGGGAACCGGGCUUUGCGCGACCCACACGCUCCAGUUCCGCCAAGGUCGCCAAGUCGGUCGCCCCGACCCUCGGCCCCUCAACUUCAACCAGCCCCACUUCCAUGGCCGCCUCCGUCGCGGCUUCGUCACCAGCGCCAGCAAUUCCGUCUACGGCGCCGACCACCGCACCACCAUCACCCAAUUCACCCCACGCGGAGCCAUCUGAUCCGGAGAGCGAACCCGAGCCUGAGCCCCCGGCGCCCGGUCUCCGGCCUCUUCUCUUGCCGACAGGGAGCGUGCCCGAGCGCCGCAACCCAACACCGCAAUGCACGGUGCGCAAGCGUCUGUCGCUUGUGCCAUACAAGGUGGACUCGGCGGCCGAAGAAGUACAUGCGAAUCUCACUUCGCAUUCGAGUAGCCCUGCUCGCUCAAAACUACAUCGUCGUCACUCGUCGCUCGUGUACAGAAAGUCGGAGCCAUCCACGACCUUCCCGAGCUCUCCCAGCAGCUCAUCGUCCGAUCUUCAUCCCGCGGACCCCGAGGGCUUCCUGGAUGGGUGCCGCUCAGAGCCAGGCUUCCGUGAGCGGAGACACGACACCAUCGUGUCGGGCAAUCUCGAGAGGCGCGAAAGUAUCCUCCGCUCUCUUGUAAAGAUGGAGAACCGCGAGCGUGAGGUGCGCGAAGCGAUGGAGCGUCGUGGGUACGAGCCGCCACCAGGAGGCCUCCGUCGCCUCUCGCUGCAGGGAAGACCCGCACGCCGACGCUCGACGCCAUGUUUGCCUUCACACUCGCCCAUCGAGGGCUCACCAGAGUCAAUUGCGCCCACACAGACCCUCGAAGCAUCUCCGCCGCCGCCGCCGGAACGUGACCUCGAGGCUCCGGCUCCACAAUCGCCGCAGUUUGGGGCUGAGGAGCUCCUCGUCGCCCUGGAGCCACAGAUCACCCGAGAGACGGACAUUAGCUCUGCCCCGACAACGCUUGGCCUCAAUGGUCCCGGCUCGCGUGGCUCGCUGCUCCGACCCUCAUCUAUGUCGACGACCGCCACGGACGAGGAGCCGCGCGUACGAUUCGCCACCCCUGACGACAUGCGUGCCCAGUUCCGCCGCAAGAUCCACCGCGAAACUACGCUGGCGCAGCUCACGGGUCCACCACGCUCCCGCCCACCAGUCGAGAUAUUCGACCAUCACCACCUCGCCGCAAUGCUCUCCAAGGAAGGAGACGCGGCGACGAUGACGCCGGCCACAUCGACGACAACGUCCAUCGCGUCGGCGGAAUCCCUCCCCCGGUAUCGGCGACGCGCCGAGCCAGACGCCACCCCAGACUACGUUGCCUCCGCAUACACUGGAGACGCGACUGCGGGCAUUGAGGCCAGCUCGGGUUUUGGCCAUGGGGGGGAGGAGGCACUCGGAGCCGUCGCGACAGCUCCGGGUCCGACGAGACGGUGCAUGCCGUCGUGCGCGGGCGCCGCCGGCACCGCCGCAGCACGUUCUGCGGCGCCGGUGGUGCAGAGCUGGACAAGCUCGUGCACGACGAACACCGCUUCAUCGCCGUUGGCGACGUCGACCCGCUCGAUCACCUCCUGCCAGAGCCGCAGGAGGGGCCCAGUCUCUUCACAGCGCUGGGCCGUUGGUUCUGCCCCGUCGACGGCUCUUAGACAGAGCCGUCGUACUAGGGCAAGCGGGGCCUCCUCCUCCCACCGCCGGCAAGCGUGCCGGCGGGUUAUCCCAAACGAAGUGUAUACCCGGUGCAGAGAUAUCGCAGAGCGACAUACCCCCGUUAUAGUAAUGGGUUGUAGGAUUUGAAGUGAAGAUGUAUAUCUGGAC